CACCUGAAAUUCCUCCGUUGUCGUAAAUUAAGCUUCUUUUUUUUUUAACUUACCUCUAUCUCAUGGAAUCCCAAACCCUCAAACAACGUUUUAGAGAUGAUGAUCCUCGCAUUACCACCACCACCAAUGACAAGGACAACAACAAAAACGAAAAAAAUAGAACAAGCAGGCGAGAAAAGAGGAUGGGUAUGGCCAAACGCGGGCUAAGAUCGCUAGCCGUAGCAGUUUCGCUCCCUCUGUCUCUCACCCUAUUAAACAUCUACUUGUUUGGUUCAGGUCAUGGUUAUGGCGCUCUGCCAAAACCGUUCUGGUUCCCCCCCUUGUGGCUUAUACAUAUAACGUGCAUGGCUUCGAGCUUCUUGAUGGGUCUUUCGGCUUGGCUUGUUUGGGCUGAAGGUGGGUUCCACGCCAGACCAAGGGCUUUGUCUCUUUUCAUGGCUCAACUAGGGUUGAGCUUGGCUUGGCUUCCGAUUGUGUUUUGGGUGGGAGCUAGUUGGGUCGGUUUGGUUGUGCGGUUGGCGGUGUUUGGGGCUCUGGUUGGGUGUUCUCGGGACUUUAGAGAGGUGAAUCCGAUUGCUGGUGACUUGGUUAAGCCUUGUUUGGCAUGGGCUGCGUUCUUGGCCAUCGUAAAUCUAAAGCUUGUUUUCCUUUGAAGCAUAGCACCAUUUUUGCUGUUGUCUAGUACUAGUGUUUUACACCCUGCGAAAAUUAGGAUUUUGGGGUUUUUUUAUUUUAUUAUUAUCAAGUUUGUCAUUUGUUUUGUAGAUUGGCCAAAAAUAAUAAACAUAUCCAGAUGAUUGUUCUGUUACUCCUUCCAAGUUAAUGCUUUUGAUAUAUUUUGAGAA